AUGCCGAAACAAUUUGUAAGAGGAGGUCCUUGGAAAAAUAGUGAGGAUGAAAUUUUAAAAGCUGCCGUUAUGAAGUAUGGUAAAAACCAAUGGGCUCGUGUGGCUUCAUUGUUAAAUAGAAAAUCUGCUAAACAAUGUAAAGCUCGUUGGUAUGAAUGGCUUGAUCCGAGCAUAAAGAAAACCGAAUGGACAAGAGAAGAGGAGGAAAAACUAUUGCAUCUUGCAAAAAUUAUGCCAAGUCAAUGGAAAUCAAUAGCUCCGAUUGUAGGAAGAACAGCAAGUCAAUGUUUGGAACAUUACGAACAAAUGUUGGAUGAGGAACAAAGAAAACAAGAAGGUGGAGAGUCAUCCUCUUCGAGUGAUGAUCCAAGAAAAUUACGUGUUGGUGAAAUUGAUCCGAAUCCAGAAACUAAAGCAGCUAGACCAGAUCCUAUUAAUAUGGAUGAGGAUGAAUUGGAAACAUUAAAUGAAGCUAGAGCUCGUUUAUCCAAUACAAAGGGUAAAAAGGCUAAACGACAUUUGAGAGAAAAACAAUUAGAAGAAGGUCGUCGUAUUGCUGCUCUGCAAAAGAAAAGAGAAUUAAAAGCUGCUGGUUUAACAGUUGCUCCAUCCACAAAGAAAAAGAGAAAGUUAAAAAAUCAAUCUACAACUGUGGAUUAUAAUAAGGAAAUUCCCUUCUACAAAAAACCAGCUCCUGGAUUCUAUGAUACUACAGAGGAAGAUACGAAAACAACAUUAUUAUCAUUUGAAGGUAACUCUGUUCAAGCUCUAGCUCAAAUUCAAA